AUGGCCUUCAUGCUCAUGUUGGCUCUCAGUCUCCUCCAGUUUGGGUGAGGCCAGUGGCAAGUGAUUGGGCCAGACAAGCCUGUCCAUGUGCUGGAGGAGGAGGACACAAUCUUCACCUGCUUCCUCUCUCCUGAGACAAAUGCAGAAGCCAUGGAAAUGAAGUUCUUCAAGGAUCAAUUCUCUGGUUUGGUCCAUCUCUACAGGGAUGGAAAAGCAAAAUUUAUGCAGAUGGCAGCCUGUCAAGGGAGGACUGUGUUGGUGAAGGACUUCUUUGUACUUGGACAAGUCUCCCUAGAACUAGAAAAAUUCAAUUCCUCAGAUGCUGGCCUGUAUGGAUGAUGGUUCUGCUCCCAGACUUAUGAGCAGAAAGCCACUAGGGAGCUACAGGUGUCAGCACUGGGCUCAGGUUCUCUCAUUUCUAUAAUGAGAUUUGUUAAUGGAGGCAUUCAGCUACUAUCCUCAGGUUGGUUAUCCCAGCCCACAGUGAAGUGGAAAGGCCUGCUGGGACAUGAUUUAUCUUCAGAUUCCAAGGUAACUGCAGACAGACAUAGCCCAUUUGAUGUCAACUCCUCAUUUGUAGUCCAAGAGAAUGUUGGAAGCAUAUCAUGCUCCAUUCAGGACCCUGACCCUGACCUGAGCCAAGAGUUGGAAUCCAGAGUAUGGAUAAGAGAGACAUUUUUCCAACCUUCACCUUGGCGCCUGGUUUUCAUUUUAUUGGGAUUACUCUAUUUUAAGUGUUGGGAUUAUUGCAAUGAGGAUAUCUUUUCCCAAAAAACAAAGAAGGAAGUAAUCACAGUGGAGGUGACUCUGGACCCAGACACAGCUCACCCACAGCUCUACAUUUCUGAUCUGAAAGCUGUAACAUAUAAGAAAAUGUCCCAGGAGGUGCCUUUCACAGAGAAGAGAUUUAGGAGGAAAUGUGUGGUAGCUUCUCAGUGUUUUCAGACAGGGAAGUGCUACUGGGAAGUUGAUGUAGGACACAAUGAAAAUUGGUUCAUGGGGAUAUGUCAGGAUAAUGAAUCCAGGAAGGCAAAGGACUUAAAUUUGUCUGCCCCAAAUGGAAUCUGGAUCCUUGGACAGUGUAAAUAUGAGCAUUUUACAUUAAAUACCCACAGAAUCAGUAUCUUUUGUAUGCCCUUUACAAUAGUGGGUAUCUUCCUAGACUAUGAGGGUGGGACCAUCUCUUUUUUCAAUGUAAAUAAUCAGUCCUUCAUUUAUACCAUGGCAACUCAGUUUAAAGGUUUAUUGAGGCCAUUUAUCAUGUGUAAGCCAUAA